ACAUGCGAUAGAGCGACAGACGAUUCACAAAACGAUGAAUGAAUUCAACGAAAAACAUUAAAGUCAAUAAUUUUGCAGUUCUGUUUGCUGUUUCGAAGAAGUGGUUAAUGAAAUCGCCGUGUGAAGAAGGGUUGCGAUACAGUAGCUCUCCAUGAGUGAAUCGUGCACAGACUUGGCGAAAUCGGAUUUUGUUUUCUCCAGAGGUGGUCCUUUUACAACGCAACAAAUCGAAUUAGAUUUUCUGCUGCUUAACUCUGAACACACUACAUUCGUCACCGCACGACGGAGUGGCUAGCCACGGACCCUCUACUUAAGCGGACCACAACCAAGUACAUGUACCAACAGCAUGAACUAGGCCUACAAAAUGUCAGUUACCCUACACUUUGAUGUGGUCACCAGUAUCCGACUUGAAUAGAUCUUUAUUUUCAUGACUGAUUAAACAAAAUGAUUGUUGCUGUCGCGGUUGAAAAAGGGAACAAAAGGCCUUUCCUGCUCAUGUACUAGAGAACAAGAUUACAUCUUCGGAGGAUAUACAUGUAGUCUCAACUUAACAACAAAUUGGUUUAAACAUGCCUUUGAUGAAAUCCGAACCAGAAGACACCCUGGAGGUGUCGCCCAACCCCAAGUCCUUGGUUCAGAGGGUGGAGAUCCCAGCAAACUUCCAGGAAAUUGACACAGAUGCCAAAAAUUCAUCACUGGGAUGCUCAACAGUUAAAUACGGAGAACUAGUCAUUCUUGGGUACAAUGGUUGUUUGCCUUCCGGCAACCGGGGUAGACGGCGGAGUCGAUUUGGUCUGUUCAAGAGAGAGACAGCGAAUGGCGUCAAGCCAGACAGGCAGUAUGAAGUUGGCCCUCAGAAAGGAGGACAGCAAAGUCCCAAGAAAGGCAAGCACACAAUAGCCUACACAUUAUCAAGGCAUCAGACGGUGGUUGUUGAAUAUUCAUCAGACAGCAAUACAGACAUGUUCCAGAUUGGCCGCUCCACAGAGCCUGUCAUUGAUUUUGUUGUCAUGGAUACGGUACCUGGCGCCAAGUCGCAGGAAGAGUGCACAAUAGCAGAGAGUACGAUAUCAAGGUUUGCCUGUCGUAUCAUCUGUGAUAGAGACCCGCCUCAUGCUGCCAGAAUCUAUGCAGCUGGCUUCAAUUCCUCCAAUAAUAUCUUCCUUGGGGAAAAAGCAUGUAAAUGGAAAACAGAGUUUGGCAUGGAUGGGUUAACAACAAACGGUGUGCUCAUCAUGAGGCCAAGGGGUGGGUUCCAGUCAGAUGCUAGGCCCGGUGUCUGGAGAGAAGUAUCCGUCUGUGGGAAUAUCUACUCAUUACGAGAGACAAGAUCUUCACAACAAAAGGGCAAACUGAUUGAUGAUGAGAACAACAUUCUUGAAGAUGGCACACUCAUUGAUCUCUGUGGUGCUACGUUACUAUGGAGAUCAGCCACUGGUCUGCUGAAAACGCCUACCCAGAAGCAUCUUGAGUUACUACGGCAAGGCAUCAAUGACACCAGACCUCAGUGCCCAAUUGGUUUCAACACACUGGUCCUUCCUAAACACAGACAUUCUUCCAAGAUUUUAGAUGAGAACUCCAAGCAGCCUUAUGCGUACCUCAAGUGUGGUCAUGUCCAUGGUUACCAUCAAUGGGACAGUAAGAGCACACAACAGAAGACAGAGAGGACUUGUCCCAUGUGUCGAGAGGCAGGAUCAUAUGAACCUCUCAUCAUGGGAAAUGAACCCAGUUUCUACGUCGACUCUGGAAAUCCAACCCAUGCUUAUGUUCCCUGUGGUCACGUGUGUUCCGAAAAAACUGUCAAAUACUGGUCCCAGGUUCCACUGCCACAUGGAACCCAUGCAUUCCAAGCUGCCUGUCCAUUCUGUGCAAUGCCACUGUCCGGGGAUACCGGUUACAUCAAACUCAUCUUCCAAGAAGCCAUUGACUGAAUGCUGAUGGACGACCGAUGCCAGAUCUGACAUGCCAGGGUGAUAGAAAGGAAACAGAAACAAUCCCUGCCCCUCCCCCAAAUUAGCUCACUGUCACAGCAUUGUAUUGCAUACGGUUUGACUCCUAUCCCAUCAUGCAUCUUUAAGAGCUGUUGACACAUUGACAUGCUUUUCUCAUUGGUCAAUGUGACCCACUCUACAUGUCUGUAGCCUUCCUGUAAACAUUACUGCUACUGUAGCAAUCUGUGGCUAUUGCUUAGUGGUGUGGAACGUGUGUGUGAGUAGAUACCGGUAUCUACUGCAACCUGCGUUUUGGGCUUGCCUGCUUUCUGUUGCUGUUCAGAAUUUGGUGUACAUUUUGUGUGAAGAUUUUAGUUUGAGGAGACCCGUCAGGGUGUGAACGAGAACUAAAUGGCAGUGGAGAGUCUUCACAAGUUUUCUGCAAAAUUCCUGCUUCUCUGUUUGUGUUGGUUCCCUUUUUCUUGUACACUGUCGGAAGAUGUCACAUUUGGAGGAUGAAAAUUGGCCUUCAAUUUUUAUUCUUGAAAUCCUUUUCUGAUAAACCGGUACUGAGACCAAAUAUGAGGCAGUACAUUACAAAAAGGGACUUUCAGUCCAUGCCAAGUCGUAGGUUGUUGGCAUUGUUGAAUGCAAGGAUCCAUCAAAUAACUGUUUUCUACAUCAUGCUGUUGGAUUGCUUUGAAAAUACAUUCAUGUACAUUGAUAGGGUAAGAAUGAAAGCCACGGCUAUGACAAUGAAAAGUGUCUUGGAAAACCCACUGUCAAGUGAAAUGUCUCAUAACAUGAUAAUGUGCUGAUUAUUGUGUUAUAUAGGGGAACUCUACUUGAGUUUGUCCUAACAGUCUCCUGAGAUGAAGCUGUGAAGUGCAAUAAACUGUGGGUUGAAAUUUCUAAGUUAUUUUUGGACCAGUACUUUGGUCUUCUUGACAAAUGUUAUUUGGUUAAAGUCGAACAUGAAUUUGAAAGUGCAGCCAUAGGUCUUUUGGUAACAUCAUAGUGGUACAGGUGAUCAAACAGAAUCAGGUCACGUUUUCAGUAGAUAAAGCUUUUGUGACGAUUUUGUCUGCCCCAGACAUAGCUAAAGUUAAAGACAGCAUUAACCUGUAUAAUUUUUGGUGCAAACUGUAGAAGCAGUCCCUAUUGCUGUGCCAACAAACCCUUCACCUUGAAUUAGCUACUGCUCAACAUCCUACCAUCUGUUAUCUGUCCAAACAAAUUCUUGGAAAGUGACUUACUGCAGUGAAUAAAAGCUACAUGUAACAAGGAGAUACAUAUACAUGUACAGAGUACACAACUUGUAUUGUAUUUGUGAUAAUUUAGAUGAGUCAUGAUAUAUAAGGAAAUCUGUUUGGCUGUUAUUUCAAAGGUUUACAUCAGUCAAAAUUCUGCCCCAGAAAAAUGUUAUAUUCAUAUCAAAUUCUGGUCACAAAAUAAUUGGAUGUCUUUAAUUUUUGAUUUGGUUUGGAGUCUGUAUCUCAGCUCACUUUUCUGGGGAAGAGGAUGAACUUGUGCAUAAGUGUGAUAGAAAUUUGGUGCCAAGGAGAGAAUGAAGUCAGUUUGGACCAGCUUUUACCUCACAAUGUUUGAUGUGGAAAACGGUGUUUAUUUUUGUUAUCUAGCAUGCCUGAAAAAAGGAAAUGUGAAAUUUCAAUUCAAAGGUGUAAAGUUAUUUCCAGUAACCUAACAUGGAUACAACAUGACUUUGUGAUAGUUGCAGUCUGUGUGGCCUCCUGCCUUUUGCAUCAAUUUUCCCAUUCAUAUGGAUGCGUCACAGGAAUACCGGAAGAACAAUCAACAAUAAACAACUGGUAAAUCCACUUUGGACAAAAGUUGAUGGAUCUGCCAAGUGUAAAGCACAAAUCUUUAGGAAGAUUGAGGAAGAUUCUGCUAGGAUUAAAAUGUCAAGCCUUCUAAUUUGCUAUUUAAACUUGCCACAUGUAUCUCAUUAUCAAACCAGUGUAAGACAGUGUGGGAUUGUGUGCUUUACAACUUACAUGUUUUCACAAAACUUUGAGCUUUUGUUUCAAUUUGCAUUGAUAGAAGUGGCAGUUGACAAGUUGUGACAAGUUUACCGCUUCUGUAGGUUAUAAUUUAUUGCAUUGUUUGACUGUAAUAAACCCACACUGCCAUGUUGUACAGCACGUAUUCGCACCUUGUCUUGUGUAUAAUGCACAUGCAAAGAAAGCCCCAAUUUCCAGUGCGUACUCUGAUGAUAAAAGCAUCAAUAAACCAAGAUAUAAGAUUUCUGUAAUAAAAGGCAACAAAACAGUAUUAAUGUUCCAUUGUAGGAAUUCACCCUGUAUGCAUAUCGUUGCAGGCAUUUCUUCAGUUGAUAAUACAAAAUUGUGCAAUUGGAUUAGAAAAGCUGGAGAAAAUUCCACAAAAAUCCAUUAAAUAACAAACUCUGGUCCAUAAGUCAGAUUGUAGUUGAUGUUUGAUUUAGUUAUUUACCUUUCAAAAAAAGGCUUCGUCAAAAGGACACAUUGACAGUUUGAUGCAUAUACGAUACCCUUGUUUGAUCUAAUUUGUAGCAAUUGUACAGAGUGGACCAGGUAUGAAACUCACAUGCUGUAGUUGUAUUUUUUGGCAUGUGCAUUGAUAUGUAUAUAAUUUUUCAUUGUAAAAUUGUUUUAAAAAGUGGAUAAGUUGUUGAUGAAUUGGUAAUGAAAAUUCCCUCAGCUAAAAUGAUUUGAGAAUUCAGUUUGAAUCGAGAGAAUGGUUGGAUUUUAUCCAAAGAGAAUAUUGAAGGGGUCAGGCAUGAUUUGUCGUAUACCGAGUUUUGUACCAAGUAUUUUUUGGAAAUAUUUAUAGAGAUUUUCACCUCGGGUGGCAUAACUUAGGGGCCUGGGGCAAAAUAGCAAAAGAAGUAUUUGUUUUGGGGUUUGUUUCUUAUCAAGUUUCUACAUGUAUAAUCUAUUUAUUCAUGAUUGGAAUGAAAUUUAUUCCUGUGUUGUACAUGAUUUGCAUAUCUUCCCAUGCAUUUUUUCACAAGGAAUUUUUCCGGCUUUUCUGUAAAGAAAAAUAAAGGCAAACAUUUGGUGAAACCUUUGCCUUAUUUUUUAUUCAUGGUUAGGCAUAGCAUCUUUUUGUAAGUAUAAUAUUAACUUAUUUUUGUUUUUUGCUGAAAUGUAGAUUUUUUAAAUAUCCACAGAAGCAUGCAGUUGUUUUCUAAUUGUUAAAAGGUGUCUGCAGCACCAAGCUCACAGAUGUUCAUGUUUGUUAUUCCCAAUGUAGAAUUACUUUGCAAUGGAAGAACAAGGUAUUUAUUUUAAAUUGUCUGUGAUAGAAACUGGGUACCUUUUUUCUAGCAUUAAUCUAUACCAUGCUCUACAGACUUUCAUCCGCGGGGUCCGGUUGGUAAAGGAAUUCUUGGAGUUUUUUUAUUUGUAAGUAUUGUAAAGAGUUAUGGUUAUACAUGAACCGUAGCACAGACUAUUAUUUACCAGUUUCCUUGAACAAUAAAUUUUCAGGCAGUAAUGAUAGAUAUUAUGCUUUUCAUUAUUUUUGUCCAUCCAUGCAGCCUUUCUCAUACUUGAAACAUCUUAGUUUUCCCCAAAUGGAAAUAACUUUCUCAAUUACUGGUACUUCCAAAGAGUUAGAAAUUUCUCAUCCAACCUCAUGUAGUUUGCCAGGCAAGAUAUGGGACGGAGGGGUACCCCCCUGACCUGUCCAAUCCCUAUACACACUCUAGACUAUUGUUACC